UAAAGAGGUUGGCAGCUCCUAAGUGAUCAAAACCACUUGCCAGAUCUGGCAAUACCGGCGUUCUCUUCCGUCGAAACCUUUCGAUGCCAGGGGCGUACUGCAACAUCCGCUCUCUUCAAGGGUUUAACGCUGAACAACAAACCUUCCCCCUUGGCAUUCACUAGAGGGGUUUCGGGUCUUUGCUUAAGGUUGAGUUUGUUGUGGUCAAUACAUUUUUUCUGCCUGCCGCCCUGCAAUGUUUACACUUUGGUUCAAAACUGCUUUAUUUUGGAAUUAAAAUGUACGCCAACAACCAAAGCAAUCUCUUGUGUUUUGUUCAAGAACUGUCAAUAUAACAACUAUAGCUCGUGUUUUCUCGUGCUGUUAGUUGCAACAGCAACACUUGUUGGCAGCAACACCAAUAUCGCAAAGAGAACGAGCGAGUACCGCAGAGUGAGAGUAACAACAGCAACAUCCGGUGACACGGCAGCAACUCGGACCGGAAUUGUAGUUAAAUCAUUACCAUAAUUUAGGUGAAUCUAUUGGCUAGAGGAUCCAGGCCCCAUGAAUACUCGUCGCCGUCCGGUGGCUCCCGCGCCAAAUAUUUACGCCAUAAAUGCCAAGAUCUGUCGACUGGUAGCCGACCAUCCGUGUCUCUAUGAUCGCUCAGAUGAAUUCUAUAUGCGACAGUCGACAGUAAAUGAAGCCUGGAAGGAUAUUUCCAAGAAAAUGCGUAAUUCUGUUAAGAGUUGCAAGGAACGCUGGCGAAACAUCCGCACCAGCUACGCCCGCUCCAUCAAACUGCACCAUGGGGCGAAUACGUAUUAUUUGAACAACGAAUUGCUCUUCCUGCAGAACCACAUCACUCCCGGGGUCCCCGUUCCCCUGAAGGGUCGCCGCUCAAAGGCCAGGGGUCAGGAGCAGUCGGGUCAGGACGGCGACUCGCAGGAUGUGCCUAUCGAGCCUCUCAUCGAGAUGAAAAGGUCGCCAAGCAGUGUGGAUACGGAGCAUGCGCCGAGCCACGACAGCGAAGAGAAGACCGAGUCCGAAGAGGAUUCCGAGGACGAGAGGGACUCGUUUGUGGCAAGAAAAAAGAAGCGUUUGCGGUUAUCCGACGAGUUCAGGGAGGAUGAAAAGACAUCUAAGCCUAAUGUCAUUGCCCCAGCGCCUGCCAUCGACUUCGAUGAUGCCUUCCUGCAGGGCUUGCGUCCUGAAAUCAAGCACAUGAACUUCCACCAGAAGCUGUACUUCAAACGUCGGGUGUACGAGCUUCUUGGUGAAAUAUUCGAGUCCGGAGACUCGCUCUCACCCACCCACCACCACCAGUCCUGUCUGCGUCGCCAGCUUCCCCCUGAGAAGGCGAACGGAGCAAUCUCGGCACCCUCCCCCUCGAAUCCUUUGCAGCACUUGGGACUGACCCUGCAGUUGCCCAAACUGAUACCCAAGCCAACCAAAGAUGCCGGUGCCGGCUAAUCUCCAAAGAUCUGGAUUGCUACUGAGUCCUUUCGAAUUUAUCCUUAAUACUUAGGAAGAAUAUUACUUUAAGUUGUUAAAAACAUAUGCAAAAAGUUAACUGCACGAGCAGUUGUAUCCAAAACUAGAUUUUAAAAAUAAAGAUUGCUAAGGU